AGAGAGGAGGGGCGUACCCGCGGCCUCUCCGUCCGCCGCGGCUCUGCCCGCCGCGCCCAUGUCCCACAGGGCGCCGAGGGGGCAGGAGGAAGAGGAGGGGGGCGCGGGGGAGGGAGCGGCGAGGGGCAGUCAGGCGCGGCCCAGGAGCCACCCGGAGUCCGCGGCCAGCGGCGGCAGGAGCCAGGACCGGCAUGAGAGGAAACGGAAGCGGCAGGAGGCGCAGCAGCUCCAGAAGCUCCAGCACCUGGAGUCCUUGAGAAUGAAACAAAACCAGAAGACUGCAUACCUGAUGUACCAGGCAAUGAAAGUGCACGAGAAUUCCUGGCACAUGCCCCAACAAAAGGGCUUUGGAUGCCUUUGGGAAAAGAAGUCAAAGUCAUGCAGUGUAAGGCUGAAAACAUUCCAGAUGUCAUUGGACCUUCGUAUAGCCAUCCGUUUACUCUGGGGGAGGGCAGAAUGUCUGGUGGACAGAUGGCAAGUUCCAGGUUGGAGGUGUAAACGUUAUGGACACAGAACAGGAGAUAAAGAAUGCCCGUUCUUCAUUAAAGGCAAUCAGAAAUUGGAACAAUUUAGAGUAGCACAUGAAGAUCCAAUGUAUGAUAUCAUAAGGGAAAAUAAACGUCAUGAAAAAGAAAUGAGGAUACAGCAACUGAAGCGGCUCCUGGAAGACUCUACCUCAGAAGAUGAUAGCAGUGAUGACAGUGAUGAAGAUGAUGAAGGUGGCAGCAGCUCCACCUCCUCAGAAUGUAGAGAUAAACACAAGAAAAAAAAGAGGAAGAAGGAAAAGAAAAAGAAAGAAAAGAAGAAAAAGAAAAAGAGAAAGCGUAAAUCAUCUAAAUCUAAUGAGAAGUCAGAAUCUGACUGACAGGAGUCACCUGCUGCACGCUUAUUGACCUCUACUUGUGAACUGAUCAAAAGGAGGAAGAAACCACCAGAAAGGGCUUUAAUAAACUCAGAACAUACAGAUGGUUACAUAUAACAUCCUACACUGGCUGUGCUCCUCUGCCUCUUUGCAGUGCUGCAGCCAGAAAGAAAAGAGGUGCAGUCAAUGAUAAUCAACCAUAUCUUUACACUGUAAAACAUGUGCUGAGGCUCAUCCAUUGUGGUCACAUUGGGCCUCUGAGUUGCCAGAUGUGACUCUUGGCAGAACACAAUGACAACCAAGAUAGCACCAACAAAUCUGCAGAGUUCAGCAGACUGUCCAUUGAAGUGUCUUUUCUCCAUGAAGUUAUUUUAUUAUAUACAAAGCCUCAUUGUAACAGGACUGCAAUUUGUACCAUGCAGAGCACUGAGAGCUCACUUGCAGUGCUUACACUAAGUAGGUUGUACUGUAUUGUUGUUCUCUGCAUGCUGCCUAUAUGCUGAAGUUCAGUGUACUUAUGCUAGUACUGGCAGCUAGGGAAAUAAAGAGCAUUACUGAAGGUGAAAACAUUAAUCAAGGGGAUUUACUUUAAAACAAAACUGCAGCAUCAGCAAGACUUGGGUUUUUUUUGUGUAGAAAAAUUGCAUCAUCAUCACCAUUAAUACACAUAGUUCUGCAGCACCUGAAGUGUUCUCCAGACCCUAGGAGUGAGAUCUAAGUGUAAUGAUGUGAGAUGUUCAACUUUACUGUAAAGAGGUAGUGGUUUCUGUUAUCUAAAAAGUGGGUUUUCAUGUUAGAAAUGAAAAAGAUUUAAUUUCUACAUACACUUCAGUAUCAGUUGUUUUGAUACAUUUGAGAUUGUUGUUGGUUUUGGUUUUUUUUUUUUUUCCUUUUAAAAAGGCCUGGCAAAAUAAAUUCCAACUUAUUUUUUAUGUUCAGUAUAAUUAUUUUAUGUAGUAAUACUUUAUGAAUCAUCCCCCAAGAAUAUAAAUGUUGAAGGCUUCCAAAUUCUUUUCAACUAUAUACACAUAAGCUACAGAACAGUAGUAAAGAACUUGUAAGCAGAAAGAAGGGAAAGUUUUGGGUACUUGACUUUGUGGACUCACCACAUUUUUGUUUUGCAUAAUCUUGCAGGCGACUAGAAAGAUUGAGAUAGCUAUAAAACGCCAUAGAGUAAGCAUUUCUUUGAAACCUUAAGGUACAGUGGUACAAAUCUGUGAUUUGAGGACCUAGAUUAUGUAUGUUGGUGCUUUGCAAAAGGAGAAAAAAAAUAGAUUUGCUCUGAAAGUGCUAGGAAGGACUUGUAUAAAACUUAAUCUCUGUGCUUGUGCUUACAUUGAGGUAAAAAAAACAAAGCCCCAAACAUGAUAAAGCUCUAACAUUAGUAGAGCAAACAUUAACCAUGAAAUCAAGGAACCAUAGACUAAAAUGCAUUUAAGAUUUUCCCCCUGAGAGCUUUGGAAAAGACAGAGAAAAGUAUAUGCUAAAAUGUAUUUUCUCCCUCCUACUUGUCUUAGGAGUUUUUUAGUAAAAAUAAACCCACAUUCCUUGCCAAUCAUUCAUAACACAUUCUGGGUAAAAACAAAGUAGUCAACACCUACAUAAAAAGAUUCUUCAAUGUAUUCACAGAGCCUGAUCAUGGAGUUGUAUUUUGUCCUUCAGAUUAUUUAGCACAUCUCCUUGUGAUGGGAUUUACUGGUUACUCCUGAUAGUUCCUUGUAUCAGCAUCAUCAGCAAAUUCAGAGCUCCUGACUCUUUCACCAGAAAGAGUUAAACAGCUGAAACAGUACAAGUAAAUGUAUAGUGGACUGGUUCUCCAUAGUGCCACACGUGGUCCUGAGAAAAUCCAUGUGUUCAUAGCAUUGGUGAUUGUUGGACAGAUGCUGGAAGCCACAGCAAGUUUUCACCUGAUGCAUUCCAAGAGAAUUCUUACUCAAGUUUGUCUGGAGCAGAGCUAACCUAAAGAUAACUUCUGUUACUUCAACUUUUGUCAUUUAAGAUUCUUCUGAAGUUUAAUAAAAACAAAUUCAGUUUUUUCUUAA